GUUGCAGUCUGCGCGUGCGCGUUCCGGCGCUCCCGUGAGGCACUGCGGCGCGCGCGGUUGGAGGCUGGCCGGGAGCAGUGGCGGGGGCUUCCUGAGAAUUCUCCAGGUGCCUGUCCUUGGGACCUUGAAGAAAUAACAAAGUCAAAGAAGAUUAAGGCCCCUCAUUUAAAGCAUAGAAAAAGGUAAUCAGAGGUCACAGACAGUUAUGGCCAGCCACAAAAUUAGUUCCUGAUAACCACACAACAGACACCCAUUAAUCCCCCUCCCAACUUCGAUUCCACUCCAACAAAUGGGUACAGCAUUUCCUCCUCUUCAUCCUGGGCAUCCAAAGAAUUCCCAACUGUAUUGUAUAUAAACCCAAUGUUUUCUGGACUCAUGAUUGCAUGCCAGCAUUCAUCCUGUGAGUUCGAAGCAUGUGAUCCAGGUCAGGACACGAAAUAAAGACUCUUUCUGCAAAUUGCAUCGGGCUUCGAAAUUCUUGACCUCGCCUGGGUUUCCCGUGGAUUCAGGGCAUAACAUGAUGACUGAUGGGUACUUUGAAACUUGUCAACUUGUCCUGGUUUUCUCUGCAUUAGGCUGGUUAUAUCUCUAAAUCCUUUGAACCUGAUGAACGCUGAUUGAAGUAAAUAUUUAGUUGACUCUUCUUAGAAAGGAAAACACAUUAUAGAUUGUAUUUUUUUUCCUUUUUCUAUGGACUUAGUGUAAACAUAUUUUUCUGUUUGAACUUAGUUUUUAAAAACCACAGAUUCAUAUCAAAUAUAAAAAACAGGAGUAGUUAAACCAUGAGUCGUGGAAAUGAGUUUGUGGAAACAUUGAAAAAAAUUGGUUAUCCUAAAGCUGAUAUUCUUAAUGGAGAAGAUUUUGACUGGCUGUUUGAUGCUGUUGAAGAUGAGUCAUUUUUGAAAUGGUUUUGUGGGAACGUGAAUGAACAGAAUGUAUUGUCUGAAAAAGAAUUGGAAGCUUUCAGUGAUCUUCAGCGAUCAGGCAAGCCCAUCCUAGAAGGAACAGCAUUAGAUGAAGUUCUUAGGACCUGUAAAACUUUUGAUUUGAAGACAUGUAAAGUGGAUGACAAAGAGAUACAGAACUUAGAGGAUGAGGUUCAAACUCUGCACAAGUUAAGUAACUUAAAAAUUCAGCGAAGGAAUAAAUACCAGUUAAUGACUUCUGAAACUAGCUACAAGUCUCUGGCAUUAAAUGCUAAACAAGAGGAAGCCACUAAGAAGCUGAAACAGAAGCAAAGGUUCCUUGAUUCUCUGAAUACUAAGCUCAGUAAUGAACUUCAGGGUCUUACUGAGGGAAUUAAUAAUUUGAUGAUGUUCUUUAGAAACUCUAAUUUAAGUGAAAGGACAAAUCCAAAGGUGUUUUUAUCUCAGUUUUCCUUGGGAAAAUAUAUAAGCCAAGAAGAGCAGAGCACAGCAGCCUUAACCUUAUAUACAAAAAAGCAAUUCUUUCAGGGCAUGCAUGAAGUAGUUGAAAGUUCAAAUGAAGAAAAUUUUCAACUUUUAGAUAUACAAACACCAUCUAUUUGUGAUAAUGAAGAAAUCCUUGGGGAGCGACGACUGGAGAUGGCUAGACUGCAGAUGGCAUGCAUCUGUGCCCAACGGCAGAUCAUAUACUUGAAAACAAGUAAUUUGAGCAUGAAGUCAAGUAUAAAAUGGGCAGAAGAGAAUCUUCAUAGACUAACCAAUGAGGUUAUUGGUAAAGAAAAUUUGGAUGUAGAAAUUUCUAGCUUGAACAGUGAGAUUCUGAAACUUGAAGAACAAAUCACUCAUAUAAAAGACAAAAUUUUGCCUCCUUUGGUAAAAGAGAAUGCCCAGCUAUUGAACAUGCCAGUUGUAAAAGGCGAUUUUGAUCUACAGAUUGCUAAACAAGAUUAUUAUACAGCAAGACAAGAGUUAGUGUUAAAUGAGUUAAUAAAGCAGAAGGCAUCAUUUGAGCUUGUCCAGUUAUCAUAUGAGAUUGAGUUGAGAAAACAUUGGGAUACAUAUCGGCAACUGGAGAGUUUGGUUCAGCAACUUAGUCAACAAAACACGGUGCUCUGCCAGCACUUGGCACUGUUAACAGACCUCUCAGUAUCUGAGCAGUUAACAUCAAGGACUCCCAUCAGCACCAAAGACCAUUCUACUCACAGGCUUUAUCAACUUUUAGAAGGAGACAAUAAGAAAAAAGAUUUGCUUAUAACCCAUGAACACCUGGAGGAAGUAGCUGAGAAAUUGAAACAAGAUGUUUCUCUAAUACAAGAUCAGUUGACAGUAUCUACUCAAGAGCACUUUGUCUUUUUGUCCAAACUGAAUAAUGAUGUGGACAUGUUUUGUGAUGCUUUGUAUCAUGGAGGGAAUCAGCUAUUGCUUUGUGAUCAGGAGUUAAUGGAGCACUUUCAUCAAGUUGAAUCUCAGUUGAAUAAAUUAAAUCAUCUCCUUACUGAAAUUCUUGCUGAUGUGAAGACAAAAAGAAGAAUUUUGACAACUAAUAAGUUGCAUCAAGUGGAAAGAGAAUUAUAUGUAUAUUUUUUUAAAGAUGAAGACUAUCUAAAAGAUGUUGUGGAAAAUUUAGAAAACCAGUUAAAGAUUAAGGCUUCAGGUCUUAAAGACUGAAGACGUCUUCUUUUUUUUUCCCAAGACAGUAUUUCUCUUUAUAACCUAACUGUCCUGGAACUCACUCUGUAGACCAGGCUGGCCUUGAACUCAGAAAUCUGCCUGCCUUUGCCUCCCAAGUUCUAGGAUUAAAGGUGUGUGCCACCACCGCCCAGCAACUGAAGACUUCUAAAAACGGAAUCUUUACUAUGACUGCUGUGUUUUAAAGUACCGGACUAUAUCUAAUAAACUACUAAUUUUUCUUUGCA